AUGACGAAUUAUCCUGCACCAUCAAAAUCUACAUUCGACAAUAUGACAUCUCAGCCCAUAUCCGUCUUCUUCCGUCACGUCACUCUAUUCAGCGCGCUCACCGCUAUCAAACCGGACUCGACCGUAUCGCCUGUCAGCAUCUUCUGGACGAACGCAUGCAUCGCCUUCUUUCCACUCUUUUCGGGAUUCAAGGUCGCCGGCAAUGAGGUAGUCUGGGGAGAUGACAAACUGCCUGAUUGCAUCGUGCUACAAAUCGCCAUGGUUGACCCUUCCCCAGGGCCUCGGCGCAACGAUACUGUUCCAUCCGAAAAGCUAGUAUUCGUUGUGCAGUGUCGAAGCUCUGAAAAGGACACUCCGUCCGAGUGGGAAUCAGCAGAGGGUCAACUACUGGAUUACUGCCUGGGGCACAUCCGUGGAAUAACGCGAAUCUUUGCAGCCACGGCAAUUGGAACCAGCGUCAGAUUCUGGAGAUACGACAAACCAGCACUCACGCCUUUAUUUGCCAAUGAUAAGACCUAUGAUCUGCUUGAUGGUUCUGAUAGUUGUGAAGUUGAACAGUGUCUGAACUAUAUUCGAGAAAAUGGAUGGAACUGGGUGCAGAAUGGCACCAGGCGGCCAUGAUAGCUUCAGGGACAUCUUUUUAGUUCUGAAAUGGUUUUCUGCUGCAGGGGAGAUGUAAAAAGCAUACUUUGUGAGGAGCCAUGAUACUGUUGUUUUGCAUUGUCUUGAAUUUUGUCCAUCCUGGCCAAGAUGUCACUAUUUGAUACUUUCGG